CAGUGCCCAUGAAUUUUACUCUUAACUCAUGCAACAGCUCGAACCCCGAGAUUCUCAGACCACUUAUAGAAUUCUCCGCUCUGCUGUCUGUUUCUUACUUUCUCUCUCACUUUUUCUCUGUUUGAGUGCGUGCUCAUUUCUCCAGGUCUUCUGCUACAUUCAACUCCUCAGUAAGCUUCUUUCUCGGUGGUAAUCUUGCCGGAAUUGGCCUCUUUUUUCAUCAGACUCACAUGAAUUCUGCUUUUUGUAAAACACCCAGAAGUUGUUUUCAGUUUUGAUAUAUUUUUAUUGUGCUGUUAUGGUUUGAUCAGUGUUGGCUUUCUGGUGGGUCUAUGAAGUCAGUGCAGUGGUGAUUGUCCAGAUAUAUCCAUUAUUUCUGAACCUGCUAGAUAGUCAAGAAUGAAGAGAAAGCGCUUACAUGAAUCCAAGCAUCCAUUUAAUACACAUCCUUUUGAGGCCUUCUACUGUGGCAAUUGGGAGCAUGUGGAGCUCAUAGAGAUUAGAGAUGGGGUUAUGAUCUUUCAUUAUGCCGGUAAUUAUCAUUUAAUUGAAGAUAAGGGUCCUGUUUCAAACAUUCGUAUAAAAUCAAGGCAAGCAAAGAUUACUGAUUGCACCUGCUUUUUGAGGCCUGGUAUUGAUGUUUGUGUGCUUCUACCUCCUCAAACCGGAGGAAAUUCAGAGGUGUGGACUGAUGCGAAAAUAAAUUCUAUAGAAAGGAGGCCUCAUGAAUAUCGAUGUCAGUGCCAGUUUUUUGUUAAACGCUAUGUUAACCAAGGUCCUCUUGGAUCGGAGAAAGGAACACUCUGCAAAGAUAUUGAAGUAGUAGGAAUAGACAAAAUUUGCAUCCUUCAAAAGCUUGACAAAAAUCCUUGUGAAGAUCAGUUCUACCGUUGGGAUUCCUCUGAAGACUGCUCUUGUGUGCAAAGAACUAAAUUGUUUAUAGGGAAGUUUUGCUCUGACAUUAGUUGGCUAGUUGUGACAUCUGUUAUGAAGGAUAUAGCAUUUGAUGUGAGAACAGUUCAAAACAAAAUUGUCUAUCAAAUUUUGGUUUGUGAAGAUGACUGCGGCUCAAUAAAAUCUAACAAUUACCUGAAUUCUGUAAAUUUCAAAGUAGAUAACAAUAUUUUAACACCGGUUGUGCUCCAAUUUGCUCCUGAUGAUGCUAGUGAGCCUUCUUGUGCUCCUGAGGUGGGUGAAGUUGAUUUAGAUGAACCGUCAUCUACUUAUAAUGUUAUGAACUUGCGGCGAUCCAAGCGUCGAAACAUCAAACCUGAUCGUUUCCUUGGUUGUGAUGUUUCUCCUGAGGACGAUGUUGGGUGGGUUCGAACCAUGCCAUACAAGCAAGAAAAAGUGAAGGAAGAUGAAAUGUUCUUGCCAUUAUCAUUUGUGUUUGGUCCACAUGCACGUGCGUCUGCAAAGCAAACUGAGGGAGAAAGUGGAGCUUUUUCUGGAGUAGAACCUCUGGAGGACAUUCCUAUUUCCAGAUUUAAGACUAAACCGAGAGAGGCUAAAUCUAGUAUGGAUAAGCAAAGAGAACAUCAAACUGAACUUGCUAUUGUUCCUGUGCCCAGUGAGAGUGAUCUGGUAGCCUUUGAACAAAUCCAUUCCACUGCCAUGACUCUUGAAAAAUAUUCACGAGAAACCAACAACAUCUCAUUGGGUUAUUACAGCACAAAAGGUUCCUCUGCCAUGAGAAGGAAGAGUUCUUUUGAAAUAGAUGAUAUGGCGUUUGAAAGAAGACGGAAAGGAAGACCACCUAUCCACAAAGUUCAGUAUGGGAGGUACCGUCCUAUCCCUUCAAGGAGGAAUGAACCUGGUGAGCCACUGACUUAUAAGAGGACAACCUUAAGUGCAGGUGCAUACAGUAAACUGAUCAAAUCUUACAUGAAGAAUAUUGAUUCAACAAUCAUGUCAAAGGAGGAACCACAUAUCGUCGACCAGUGGGAAGAAUUUAAAGCAAGAAGUCGUCCUGUCCAAAGUGAGAGAACAGAACCAUCAACAACUGAAGAUGAGGAAGAAGACUCUGAAACUGAAAUGUUGUGGAGAGAAAUGGAACUAUCUUUGGCAUCAGCUUAUCUUCUUGAAGAGCAUGAGGUUCGAGCUCCCGCUGAGACCAUGCAAAAAUCAACUGAAUAUUGCCGGCAUGAAUUCAAAAUGGAUGAAGAAAUUGGGAUUUAUUGUCUUAUAUGUGGCUUCGUGAGCACUGAAAUAAGAUACUUUUCUACGCCAUUUGUUGAACAUGUAGGCUGGACUGCAGAAAAUAAGCCAUUCAACGAAGAAGAUUCAGAGCUGAAUCCAUGUGAAGAUCUUGGCUUAGAUCUUUUCAGCAAUUCCAUUUCCAAUGAAGAAAUUUCUUUGUCAGAAGAGAAUGAUAAUGUAUGGGCCUUAAUACCUGAUCUUAGAAUGAAAUUACACAUUCACCAGAAAAAAGCUUUUGAGUUCUUGUGGAAAAAUAUUGCUGGGUCUUUAAUUCCAGCGCAUAUUGAGAAGAGAUCCAAGAAAAUAGGUGGUUGCGUUGUUUCUCAUACUCCCGGAGCUGGAAAAACUUUUCUCAUUAUUGCAUUCCUAUCUAGUUACAUGAAGCUGUUUCCCGGAAAACGACCUUUAGUCCUUGCUCCAAAAACAACACUUUAUACUUGGUAUAAGGAAUUUAUUAAGUGGCAAAUUCCUAUCCCUGUCCAUCUAAUUCAUGGGCGCAGAACAUACAGAGUCUUUAGGCAGAAUGUAGUGACAUUUCGAGGAGGUCCGAAACCUAGUCAAGAUGUUAUGCAUGUUUUAGAUUGCUUGGAGAAAAUUCAAAAGUGGCAUGCACAACCAAGUGUUCUGGUCAUGGGCUAUACCUCGUUUCUGACAUUAAUGCGGGACAACUCGAAGUUUGCUCACAGAAAAUAUAUGGCAAAAGUGUUGCGUGAAAGUCCUGGACUCUUAGUACUAGAUGAAGGGCACAAUCCCAGGAGUACAAAAUCAAGGUUAAGGAAGGUUUUGAUGAAAGUCCAAACAGAUCUCAGGAUAUUGCUUUCAGGUACUUUGUUUCAGAAUAAUUUCUGUGAAUAUUUCAAUACCCUUUGCCUGGCCAGACCAAAGUUCAUAAGAGAAGUUUUGAAGGAGUUAGACCCGAAGUUCAAGAGAAAAAAGAAAGGAGAGGAGAAAGCACGCCAUUUGUUAGAAUCCAGAGCAAGGAAAUUCUUCUUAGAUAACAUCGCAAGGAAGAUUGAUUCGAAUGUGAGUGAAGAAAGAAUGCAGGGUAUAAAUAUGCUUAGGAACAUCACGAGUGGAUUUAUUGACGUAUAUGAAGGUGGAGCUGCUGAUGGACUUCCUGGUUUACAGUUAUACACCAUAUUGAUGAAUUCCACCGAUAUACAACAUGACAUGUUGGUGAAGCUCCACAAGAUUAUGGCUACAUACAAUGGAUAUCCACUGGAAUUAGAGCUUUUGAUAACACUUGCAUCGAUUCAUCCUUGGUUGGUCAAAACUUCUAAUUGUGUUAACAAAUUUUUUACUUGGGUUGAAUUAAUGCAGCUUGAGAAGUUGAAGUUUGAUUUCAAAAAGGCAUCCAAAGUGAUGUUUGUCUUGAAUCUCGUGUAUCGUGUAGUCAAGAAGGAGAAGGUUCUGAUCUUUUGCCACAACAUUGCACCUAUUAAUUUAUUUGUUGAAUUGUUUGAGAAUGUCUUUAGGUGGCAGAAGGGUAGAGAAAUUAUGGUCCUGACAGGGGAUCUAGAGCUUUUUGAAAGAGGAAGAGUGAUAGAUAAGUUUGAGGAACCUGGUGGUCCUUCAAGGAUACUUCUUGCAUCAAUUACAGCUUGUGCCGAAGGCAUUAGCUUGACAGCAGCUUCGAGGGUGAUUCUAUUGGACUCAGAGUGGAAUCCUUCCAAGACAAAGCAGGCUAUUGCAAGGGCCUUCCGGCCAGGUCAACAAAAGGUGGUCUUCGUGUAUCAGCUGCUGGCAACCGGUACUCUUGAAGAAGACAAGUAUAGGAGAACAACAUGGAAAGAAUGGGUGUCUAGUAUGAUAUUUAGUGAAGCAUUCGUGGAGGAUCCUUCUCGCUGGCAGGCGGAGAAGAUUGAAGAUGAUGUCUUAAGAGAGAUGGUGGAGGAAGACCGUGUUAAGUCAUUCCAUAUGAUAAUGAAGAACGAGAAGGCUUCGACAGGAUGAAAAGAGCCUAGCUUUGCUAUAAUAACGUGAAGCGACAUAAAAGAGCUUCGGCUUGCUGAACAUAAAAGAGCUUCGGCUUGCUGAACAUGGGAAGAUUUUAAUAAUUGCAGCAGCCUAGCUAAACAGCGCAACAGAGUGCUGAACCAAGCCAUAAUCUUUGGAGUAAGAUAUCUUCAGUUGUCAUAGAAAUUUCCUUCUCAGGAAAAUAAGAACUUUAAUCUAGGUGAACAAACUGCUUUAUUUCUCCAUAUUUUAUCUUUCUUUCUCAAUGCUCCUUAGAUGUUGUUCAUCAUAAUUUGUCAACUUAAGUAAGAAAAAACUUGUUCAAAUUGUGUUUCUCAAAUAUGUCUAUAUCAUAAACUGUCACGUUUGCUGGUUACAAGCCAAUGAGAUUAUACCUUCAAAUGUAAAAUACAUGGUUUUCCGAUUUCAUUUU